CAGUCUGACGCCAGGCACCGCGACGCUAUGACGUCACUGGUCCGCGUUUUUCCACCGAUCGUUCCACGACAGCGACGCCCAUCGAGCACGGAGUGACGAGCGAUCCUUUCGAGUCGAUCGACGAAGAUACAGGCUUACCCUCCAACGAAUCUAGUCCAAAUUAAAUCUUUCCUCCGUUAUUUUCCAACAUUGCAUCGAGAAGGAGAGUCUCUGUUGGAGAAAGACACGAUAAAGUGAAGAGGGAGAGAAAGAGAGAGAGAGAAAUAAACAAUUCUUCAUUUUUCCAUUCGAAACGUUUUAAAAGGAAUUCGGUUGGUGAUCGAUCAAUUCUCUUCGGUUGACUCUCCGAGGGAACGCGCAAGAUGCGAGGUGAACGGUGAGAGACUCCACGGCUGGAAUUAUUAGAAACAGAGAACACGUUGCGACGUGGUGAAGAAAGGGAUUGACCGUUCGAAAGAGAGAGAGAGAGAGAGAGAGAAAGAGAGAGAGGAUAGCAGAGAAACAUGGGGAAGAAGAACAGCAAGUUGAAACAGGAUACCAUCGAUCGACUCACCAGUGACACGUAUUUUACCGAGAAGGAGAUUCGACAAUGGCACAAAGGAUUCCUGAAAGACUGCCCCGACGGGUUGCUGACGGAACAGGGUUUCAUAAAGAUCUACAAGCAGUUCUUUCCCCACGGCGAUCCAUCGAAAUUCGCCUCCCUCGUUUUCAGAGUGUUCGACGAAAAUAGCGACGGCACGAUAGAAUUCGAAGAGUUCAUAAGGGCGCUCUCGGUGACGUCGCGCGGAAACUUGGACGAGAAACUUCACUGGGCGUUUCGACUCUAUGACGUGGAUAACGAUGGUUUCAUCACAAGGGAGGAAAUGUACAAUAUCGUGGACGCGAUGUACGAGAUGGUGGGUCAACAGCCGCAGGCGGAAGACGAGAACACGCCGCAGAAAAGGGUGGACAAGAUCUUCGAUCAAAUGGACAAGAACCACGACGACAAGCUGACCCUGGAGGAGUUUCGGGAGGGUAGCAAGGCCGACCCGAGGAUCGUGCAGGCGCUGUCGCUAGGCGGCGAGUAACGGCAGGCCUCCUCGAGGCCGGACAAAUCGUCGUCGUUCGUUUCAAGCCGAACGAUCGCCCCGUCGCCUCGAUCCGGUCGUCGAAACGGAUAAGGGAGAAAGAGAGAGAGAGAAAAAAAAAGAAAGAAAGAAAGAGAGAUGUUGGGGGUCAAACCGUUGCACCACAGCCCGGCGUACACGCAUACGUAGGUACAGUUGUGAUUGAAAAAAAAAAGAGGAGGAGGAGGAGGAGGAAAAAUUAUUGAAUCGACACGACGAGAUAUCUCCUCUUGUUAUACUUCUCUCUCUUCCUAUCGCUAUCCAUUUUUCUCUAUCUCUCUAUGUUUCUUUCUCCUCGCGCGCGGAGGACCGACGUUGUUUCUUUCCCUUUUUGCACGAAUCGUUUGAGAAAAUUGUUGCGAUCGUAGCAAGAAGAUAGGAACAGUAGAGAAUCUCAGAGUAGUGGCUUGAUCGUCGAUUUUAUAGAUUCUUUGUAUUCGAAACGGUUUACGACGUUACAACCGAUUUUCUUUGUACGAACGACAAUUGGGGAGAUGGUUGGGGAAAAAAAAAAAAAAGAAAAUAUUCGAAAGAUGGAAAUCGAUUGAUUUUCGCUCCAGAGUGAGAAAUCUUGCUCGAAGCAAGAUUGGAAUUAAUUUCAAACUGGUUCAGGGAGGACGUGUUGUUCGAAAUGUGGAAAUUGAGAUAGGGGAGAUGAUAAUUGAUGAUCGAUUCGAAAUAAAAAUUAACUCGUACAGCGAGGAAGGAAAUUGUUUUCACUUUUCGCGAAAUUGUAAUUUCAAAUUUGUUUUUGAAGAAAAUUAAAAAAAGCGAAGACUUUUCUUCGAUGAAAUUUUAUCAGCGUAUUACGAUGCAAUUAUUUUUUAACGGAAUAUCACUGGAAUCAAUAAUAAACGAGAUAUUUUUAAUUAAAAAGUUACGUUCGAAAUUUAGUAUUCUAUCUAAUCCUUGUUGUUGAAAAAAUUCUCGGGCAAAGAUCGUAUUCGAAAAAGACGAUGAAAUUCAAAAGUUCUGAUUCAACUUUUUAAUUUAAUUUUCUCAAAGAGAUACUUUAUUGAUAAAAAGAAAAAAAAUUGCCUCGUGCAUAAUUCGAAGCUUUAUUAAAAAUCGGAAAUUUUUUUAAAUCACUCCUUGAACCUUCCCCUUUUUUAACACUUUUAACUUUUCCUUCUCGCUCUAAGCACAAAGAAAUAUUUAUUAUUUUGUGCCAAGAGUUUCUGGAAAAUUGAACAUUGACCCGAUAUUAUUCCCGCGAGAAAUGAAUGCAGAGUAAAAACAAAGAAAAGAAAAGAAAACAUUAGUGAGAAAAAGAUCAAUGUAAGAAGUGAUUAAAAUAAGAGGAAAGUGAAAGGACAAACGUUUCAUCGACCCAUUCUGACUUUCUUUCUUUCUUUUUUUUUUUUUUUUUGCGAAACGUUGGUCGAAUACGAAUACGCGUGUAAUACGAUGAAUCCAGAAAAAAGAAGAAGAGAAUGGUCGUGACAAAAGAAAAAAGGGAAAAGAAAAAGCGCACUCAAGGGUUAUUCUUUUCUCUUGCGAAUUCGCAUUGAAAUACCUCCUUCGAAAAAAAAACACAUUUUUAUCCACGUCUCUUUGAUCCUUUGCAUUCUCUUUCCUCUGAUAGUUGGUAAAAAAAAAAAAAAAUUAAAUCUUAUUACGAGGGAUAGUUCAAUUGAAACAUCGAAACUGAUUGAGACAGAUAAAAAGAAAAAACGUAUAAAAAUUGGAUCUUUCGUCGAGAAGAUAAAUUAUUGCAAUUAAAUCGUUUUACUGCAUUGAUUAUGAGAAUUUGAAAAAUUAUUAUUCUUUGUGCAAAAAAAUAAUCGUUCUGGAUAUUUCUCACGAACGUUUCGAAAAAUUCGAGAAUCUAAGAAUCACGUUUCAACUCGUCCCUUAUUUGUUACCCUUUCGCGCUACAAGAGUUUGCAGAAUCGAAAAUGGACGUCGAAACGAUAUAUCGAGGAAGGGUUGAAGAGAAAAAGGGGAAGCAGAUUCGUUCGCCUCGCCCUCAUUCGUUUAAUAUUUUCCACGAGGAAUCCAAACUACUAUCAAAUGCAAUCGAAUAUUCCUCGCACGUAUCGGCGUUUCAAAGAGGUGCAAAGGGAGAAAUUUUUCGCGAAGACGUUACGUAUUUUUUCGUAUCUCCGAGGGGGUCCGUAUCUCGUUAAAAAAUCAGUCGAACGAAUUACGAUUUAAACGUAUUCCGGUUCGCAGACAAAGACGAUCUAUGAAAGAUUCAGGGGAUUCCGGCUGCGGUAUCUGAUAUCGUGAAAAAAGGCAAAACAGCGGAUCGACGAGAAAAUUUACUUCGAUUUUACAAUGUUCACCUGGAUACUUCUCAACCGUUUUCCUUCUAUCUGCACAACGUUUUCCGUUGCACCUUCUCUUCUCGUUUUUCGAUUUCUCUUUUAUCUAUUUACAGAUUCAUGUGGCCUAUCAUGCGCCCGACUUCUACUUUUUAUCUGGAAAAAGAGAGAGAGAAAAAAAGAAAUAUUGGAGAGUUAAAUAAAAACUUCAUUUAACAUGGACGCAUUAAAAAUUGGCAGUCUGAUAAACAUGGUAAAUGAGUCGUUGGAAGGAUAUUUACAUCUAAAAGUUCGAUACGUAGUCAAGGAAAAUUGAAACGCAAAGAGGAGAGUGAUAUCGAUGAUUGCGGAAUAGAAACUUCUCCCUUUCUCGUUUACAUCUUUACAUUACCUACGAUAUCAUUUCUCGUUUCAAUGGUAGCAAAACGAGAAAUUGCAAUCGUGAAAAGGGGCAUCUCCAAAAAGCUCGUGUUCUGAUUUGAAUGGAUCUUGAAUCUCUUUGAUUCUUUUCCAUUGAGAAAUUUCAGAUUCUUUAAAAUUCUCUGAUAGACGUAUGAAACUUUGAGAUAUUAUUUCGAAAUUGACUAUGGAGAAAUGUUCGUAACGUAAUUCUCGAAAUAACGAUUGCAUUAAAAAGAAAAAUAUUUUUUGGUGUUAUUAAUAAAAAGUGGCCAACAAUUCGUUCGGUGAUCUUCGGUCGCAUUCGGAUACUUUCGGAUAAGCUCGGCCGAUUCAAUCCACGGAAUUCCACGAUUUUGAAAAUUCGCGCGCACCACUAAGUUUAUAGCAAAGUGAAACGAAGUUUAAGCGGCUCGUUAAUACGUGUCGCUUAUUAAAGUUCGUUAUAGUGCAAUUUCACGCCAUCUGCCUUCAGAUAUUGAUAAACUUGUAGAUAUAUUUCCCCUUGAUUCGCAUUCUUUGAUAUUUUUCCGUCUCGAGCAAACCACUCGCACCAUAUUUUCAGAAAUAAUUAAUUUACAGUCGACAUAAUUAUAUUUUCACACCGAAUAUCGACGAUAAAACACACUCUUUUGCUCAAAUAGUCCUCGAAGGGUUAAUUCAGCGGCAUAACGACCGCUCUUUAUAUAGCAAACAAUUCCGAAACAACGAUUAAUCUUACCCGCUCACUUCUCGAAACUUAUUCCCCGAGAAAUUUCUAUCAUGAAAGCACUUGACAUUAAUAUAUUACACAUGCUUUUUACAUUUUUCCUUUCGUGAUAUUCUCCAAUUUUCUUUAUUAAUAUACCAGUGGUAUAUGCAUAUUUUUACAUAACAAUUAAAUUCUUAUUGUAGCUCUCGCAUUUCAAUCGACUUAUAAACCUAAAUAUGCAGUCUUCCGUUCUCCAUUAUUUUCAAAGUAAAAAUAUAAAUUAAAAUACAUCGUGUUUACGAAUCUUUCUUUUAUAUUUUUCCAUCAGUGAACGAGGCUCGUGUAACAAUGUGUUACAAAGUGAAUUUUUUGAAAAUUUCACGAGGUAUUGCAUUUAUUUUCGACGCAAGUUUACCUAAAUUCGCCCGGUUUAUUAAAAACCUAUGUUUUCGUAUUACCUAUAUUUCAAACAAGCUCAAAAUCGGCUUUAAAAUUUUUUCCGUAAAAUCAAUAGCAAUCGUUUUGCACCGUAACUUUUCCUGUGUGCUUUCCCAGUGCGCUCUAGCCAUCGAUCGUCAUUAUACCGAGGUUGUACCGAGUUUACAACCGGUGAAAUGUUUUCGAAAAACCAAACAACUUUUCGCGUUUUGGCUUAACGAGCGCACUCGAAUCGAAAACUUUCCGCUCGGAUUCAAACUUUUCGUGGUUUAGAAUGGUAAUGCGCGGAAUGUUCGUUUAGAGGGAUAUCGUUCGUUUCGUGGAUGUUUGCGCCAUUACAUAAAUUAUGCCGCCAUCGUCGUCACUGUCGCCGUCUUGUCGCGUACACUUAUAUGUAUAUAUGUACAUGUAUGAAUAACAGACGAAAAUUAUAAUUUCGGAUAUGCGAGGCAUGCUUCUGUAUACGCCCCAGGGAUUACAGUCGGUGAUAAAUAAUACUUUGAAUAAAUCAAGUGAUUUUUUUUUUUAGAUCUAGUUCAUUCGCUCUAGUUUAUUUUUAAUUUAUUUAGGUAUUUCGAUUUUUUUUCUCGUUGAUUUGAUCGAUUUAUCCAUGAAUAUCAUUGCGAAUAUUUUUGAGUGGAAUAAAUGUUUAUAAUAUUCGCGUAUAAAAAUAUCAGAAUUGAUAUAAAUUUUUUUAACAAGUUUUUCCGAUAUAUCUUCUUGAAUCUGAUUUUAAAAUACUUCACAUUUUUUAUCUAUUUCACAACGAUUUCUCAAUAGAUUAUUCAAUUUAUUCAUAUAAAUAAACGGAUUAAAACAUUCUUGUUAUUCUUUCGCACAAUUUUUACAUUUCAUCGUUCUUAAAAUCACUAUCUUGCGAUAUAUUUUAUAUUCUUUCGACAAAAUAAUAAAAAAGAUGAAGAAAUUUUCCUAAAAACAAGAAAUAAAAUUCCAUUUCGAGUAAUAGUCUUCUCAAUUAGCCAUAAUCCCUCGGUCUUGCAACUUUAAUCGGUUAAAUCGACGCGCAACCCUUCAUGCGAUCGCAUCAAUUUUAAAUGGCGCUCACAGCCGAUAUUCAUAGCGGAGAACUCGCCCUCUUUCGUCGAUUAUAUUAACAUCGGAUAUCUAUAUAUCGGUCGAUAUAUAUCUAUACAUCCAACAAAUAUUUAGUAACUAGAGUGGAGGCGCAUGCGCGACCUCCUCGCUAAAAUCCCCAACGCUAUCUUCGCUUGACGGCCAAUGAAAAAUCUCUCGAUAUUGGCAAACUUCCCAUUAUUCUUCCUUCGUCGCCGUCUUCUAUUAGACUCACGUGAAAACAUUCGAUACCACUAUAUCCGCAAAUAUCACCCUUUGCCCAUCUUCUUACGAUCGCUUUGGUCUUUUUCCGAUUUAUUCACGAUUCGUUGCGCUUCUCCUCGUUAUUCCACCCUCGUGCACGAUGAAAUUUACGAGAAAAUUUCGUUUCGUGCUGGAUUCUCGUGCGAGACGAAUGACAAAUUUGUUUAAAUCGUUGUUUAAAUAGAAUUUUAAUACAUUUAAUUAUAAAUUGGAUAUUUUGCAAUUUAGAACUUUAUUGUAUAUUGAGAGUUUGUUUAAGGGAUAUUGGAUCGAAAAUCUUGAAAAUCUUAAGAAAUUCUCGAAUCGAGAAACUUUUUGAUAAUUUUGAAAUUUAAAAUUUGCGAAAAAUUUUGUGACGAUAUAAAAACAUUUUCAUUUAAUCUCUAAUAAUCCAUAAAAUUUGAAUAUGUUUAAACUUUAAUUUAAUUUUUUACAAACUAAAUUUUGAGGAAUUUUAAAAAUUAUAAUUUUAAUUUUUAAUAGAGAAGAUUUUUCUUAAAAAAGACUAAAACAACUAGAAAAAAAUAAGCAUUUUAAGUUUCGAUAAUUUCGAGUUUCAAAAGAAUAGAAUUUUUCAAACUUCGCAAAGUUUCAACUUCAAGUUGGGAUUGAAAUCAGUCACUGAAGUCCUUUUGCGUUAUUAGAAUAUGCACUGUGACAUAGUUUUUACGACUUGUAUAAAUUUCGCGAAGCGAUGUAUGAAAUGGCGGAAGAAACGAACGAGCAAGUAAAGAUAUACAACGGAGUAAAAUAUGUGUUUGCGGUGAAAAAUCCUUUGAAAUCUUAGCUCGAAGCUAUGAUACUUUCUUUUUCUUACCUCGCCGCGCGUACGAAACUUUAAUCGACGAAUAAAAUAUCUUCGAGCCAUAAAAUUCCUUCCCUGCCUUCCAUUUUCUCUUUCCAUUCUUCCUCUUUCCUUUUCCCAUUCUUCCCAUUUCUUCUCCAUUUGUUAAAAUUUACAAACGAUCUUCUAUCACGGUAACCAAAAAUUCCUCCUUUUUCCAUCACUUCAAUAUCUACAGUGUUUAACAGGUCACUUGUUGCAUCCUGACAUAAUCUGACACAAAGUAAAUAUGUAUAUCUCUCCAACAAAUCAACACGGAAAAUAUUUGACACAUUUUUUUCUUCUUUUCGUCAAUUAAUUUCCAUCGUUCGCAAAAAUUCGAAGAGGUUUUCAAAAAAAAAAAAAAAAAAGAUAAAUAUUUCUCCUUUGUCGUUCGUACAACAAAGUCAUUCUCAAUUAGAACGUAAUAAAAAACUUUUGAUCUAUCUUGCGAUCCGUAGCGAGAAAGAAACUUUAAACGAUCUUAGAUAGAAUUAGAAUUUACUCUUGUUCCUUGUCAAAUCGAAAAAGUUUUUCUGCGCCGUGAUCGUACGGUGCAACGAAGGUAACGGGUUACAUUUUUAACAGAAAGACGCGUAGACGUAGAAAAUAUGGAUUCGCGCGUGCGACACAAAAUGUUUGAUAUAUAUACCUGUAUGCGUGCUACGUUCGGCAACGCGUCGAGCACGCGCUUUUUUUUCGAAAAAAAAUCGAAAAAACGACUCGCGAUGACAUGCGCAAAAAAUAGUCGUCGUCACGUCUCGAGUCGUUUAUCGUAAUUCGUUGCGCGAAUUACUAAUUUCUCGGAAUUUAAUAACUUCGAGUGGCGUGUUUGUCGUAUACAGACAAAGAGGGACGCGAGAGAACGAAUUACUUGUUGUCGAAUUACUCGAUCGAUCGUUGUCAAACAGUAGCAAUAAUCGAAGAACUUUGUUAGACGCUGAUGAUUACGAAAUUUUGGCGAAUGAAUUUUAAAAAUCCAUCGAUAUCCGCCUAAGAAGAGGCGAUCACUUCGAAGGAUAGAGUGCGAUGAUAACCAGGUGAUUGUACCAACUCGUCGAUCACGAGUUUACGACGAUGAGUAUUCUCAGUUUAUUCGAAUAAAUUCAAUUUUCAAUUUUCA